AUGAGCGACCAGGAAUUAGACUACACUACCACACCGUGCGGCAAGUGCGGAUUAGCUCCAAAGGAACUAGGUGGAAUGGUUGCAUGCGACCACUGCAACAAUUGGUAUGAUUACGCUUGCGCGGGUGUAACCGAUACCGUUAAGAGGAAGAAAAAAUGGUUCUGCGAUAAUGCAGUUUGUGUGGCGGCAGCCAAAAAGCGCACGAAGAAGGACGCAAAUCCUCAAUCGACGGCAGAUGAAUCGGAUGCCGGAAGUGUCAAAUCGUCCACAGUGCCGUCCGCAGAUGAACAAAUAAAGGCCAUGGAAGAAGAACAGCGGCGGCUCGAGGCGGACUGGGACAAACAGAUGCUGGUGAAAGAGAAGCAGCUAGAGUUUCAGGCCGCAAUGAAAAAGAAGAAGUUCCUGCAGGAACAAGCACUGCGCCGAAAGCAAAUGCAGCUAGAGGAAGAGUGGCGCUGUUUCGAGCUAGCAGAACUAGAGCGCGAAAACCAGCUGCAGCUGCAGGUAAAACACGAGCACCUGAAGCGAGUUCAGAAACUGGAAAAAGAUUUUCGGGAGCAGAUGUCAACUGUGGAUAAUCAGUUGGACACAAUGAAAAUGGAACGGCCACAGAAACAUUCCCAACCGAUUACCGUUAAGAGUCAAAGUACACCGCUACUAGCUCCGGCGGGAAAGACGGGUAUUUGUGUUGAGUCGGAAAUGGAUGAUACGGAGGAGAGUUCCAGUUCGGAGGAAGAAACUGAUAAGGAACCGGACGAGAAGGUUAAGCAGGGUUCCAGACCAACAAAGGGCCAACUUGCUGCCAGGCACGGGAUCGGUAAACACCUUCCUCUAUUUUCGGGAAAGCCGGAUGAUUGGCCACUGUUUUAUGCGGCGUAUAACUCUUCUACAAAGGCGUGCGGGUUUAGCGAUGUCGACAAUUUAGCACGUCUGCAACAAUGCCUAAGGGGCGACGCACUGGAGCUUGUACGAGGACAACUGCUUCUUCCGAAAUCGGUCCCUCGUGUUAUUGAGAAGCUUCGCCAACACUUUGGUCGUCCCGAGCAAUUACUAGAUCGUCUGUUGGAACGCGUUAAAGAAUUGCCGGCACCGAAGAAUCUGAAAGGGUUCAUUCCGUUCGCCAACGUAGUAGAGCAGCUUUGCGAUCACGUGGAAGCAGCGGACCUUAAGGAGCAUCUGAAGAACCCGUUGCUUAUACAGGGCCUGAUAAAAAAGCUUCCGGAUGCGGAGAAAAGACAGUGGGCUGAUAUCAAACGAGCUCGAGAGGGAAGAAAGAUUUCUCUUCGUACAGUUACGGACUUUCUCCUACGAAUUGCGGAUGACGCGCGGGAAGCAGAAGUGGACAUCGAGCGUACCAUGGAGACGAGAUUCUCAGGCGAACAUUCCGCUCGAAAGCGAAAAGAGAAAGGAGCAGUAUUCAGUCACGCCGAGGAAGGAAAUUCGAAUACAGUCGUCAGCCACCGAUUAGGGUUGAAACCAUGCAAAGUGUGCCAGCGUACCGACCACCGAUUGCGGUUUUGUCAGGAUUUCAAGAACUGGUCACACGCCGAGCGCGUAGCAAUGGUGACCCGCGAUAAGCUAUGCAAGCUAUGCCUCGGAGAACACGGAGGACAAUGCCGGUUCAAGUUUCGUUGCAACGUUGGCUCCUGUAAGGAGGCACACAAUCCGCUCAUUCACCCGGUCAGUACGGUGGGUAUUAGUGCACACAUUCACUCGUGCAACCCCCUGCUGUUUCGGAUAAUUCCCAUACAACUACAUGGUAGGGAUCGGACGCUGACGGUUUUGGCAUUUUUAGACGAAGGUGCUUCCGUCACAUUGAUCGAAGGUAAGCUAGCUAAUAGAUUGGGUAUUGUCGGGGCCGAAGAAAAGCUUACAAUCAAAUGGACUGCCGACUAUUCACGUACUGAGAAGAACUCAAGAAAAAUGAAUGUGUGGGCUUCAGCAGUUGGUGUUGGAGAAAAAAUGUUGCUCAGAACGGUUCGCACUGUGGGCAAGUUAAUGCUGCCACAUCAGAAAUUGGAUGCUGCAGUACUUUCAGCCCGCUAUCAAUACAUGAGCGAUCUGCCGAUCGCAUCUUAUGAAGGCCAGCCAGAGCUUCUUAUCGGUCUCAACAAUGUUCAUGCUUUCGCGCCCAUGGAAGUGAAGAUAGGUACCGUCGCUGACCCGAUUGCCGUCCGUUGCAAACUCGGAUGGACAGUAUAUGGUCCGAAUCAAGCGAGCCAUACUACAGAGAGAGGGUACGUAUGCUUGCAUCAUGAUGUAACCAACGAAGACAUACAUGGUUUACUGAAAAGCCACUAUGCAUUAGAGGAAUCUGUAGUAGCAACGGCCCAAGAAUCGGCAGAGGACAAAAAAGCGAUGGAGAUUAUGGAGCGGACCACGAAACGCAUCGGAGAACGGUUCCAGACCGGUUUGCUCUGGAAGGAGAACAAUCAGCGAUUUCCGGAGAGUAUUCAGAUGGCGCUGAGGAGAAAUUUGCAGCUGGAGCGGAAAUUAAUGAAAAAUCCGGAAUUAUACACGAAAGUGCGAAUGCAAACCGAUGAAGAUGCCAGAAGAGUUGUUCUGUUUCACGAAUUCAUAAAGAUGGAGGCGAUUUCGAGAUGGAACAGGCUGCUGAGAGUGACCGCCACAGUGUUGCGUUUUAUCGGAAAUUGCAAGCGCAAACAGAAAGGGUUGCCGAUACUCACAGCAAAGGCAACGAUGAAUCAACAAUUAAUGCUGAAGACUGCACACCCCGCAGUACAAACACCGUUGCAGAAAAACGAAUUACUGGAGGCGGAGAAAGUUUUGUGGAAACAAGCACAAUGGAACAGUUUCCCCGAUGAGAUGAGCGUGCUGACGAGCAACCUACAAUUAGCCCUUGGCCAGAAAGCAGAACGAAUCCCGAAAAGAAGUGGCCUAUACAAAUAUUCGUCGACGCUCGACGAAGAUGGCGUGCUGCGAGUAGAUGGUCGACUGGUGAAUGCGGAAGCAAUGUCCUUCAAUCAAAGGUAUCCUGUUAUCUUGAGUCGUUUUCAUACCGUAACGAACAAAAUCAUCCAGUAUUAUCACGAGCAGUUUGGACAUGCGAAUACAGAGACAGUGUUCAACGAGAUACGAAAGAAGUUUGUAAUUCCGAACCUUCGUGCAGCAGUCUCUAAAGUGGCCGGUGAAUGUGUAUGGUGCAAAGUGCAUAGGUGCGUUCCACACACUUCGCGCAUGGCACCACUGCCAGCUCAGAGUGUUACGCCUGGAAAACGCCCCUUCAACUCUGUCGGCGUGGAUUACUUGGGCCCUGUUAAGGUGACAAUUGGACGCCGAAAGGAAAAAAGGUAUGGAAAGCCAGAAGAGAUAUUCUCCGACAAUGCGACUUGUUUUAGAGGAGCGUGGAACGAAAUGGUAAAGGCCAAACUACAAAUCAACAGAAAGUGCGCCGAGGAAUUCAUCAGUUCAACUACUGCCUGGUGUUUCAAUCCUCCCGGCACCCCGCACAUGGGCGGUGUUUGGGAACGGAUGGUGCGGUCUGUAAAGGAAUCGAUGAAAGCGCUGGAUGACGGAAGGAAACUCACUGAUGAAAUCCUGAAAACAACAGUAGCAGAAGCAGCUGAUAUGAUUAACACGCGUCCACUCACGUACAAGCCUCAGGAACCCGCAGGCGAGGAAGCACUAACGCCAAACCAUUUCCUGCGAGGUGCAGUGACCAGUGCGGAUCUCCAGGUGGAGCCAGUGAGUGCAGCGGAGGCUCUACGAAACGUUUACAAACGUGCCCAGUACCUAAGCGACCGUAUGUGGGAGCGGUGGAUCACCGAGUAUCUACCUACGAUCAACAAACGCAGCAAAUGGUUUGACGAUAAGCGACAGUUGAAUGUUGGGGAUUUAGUUUUUCUGGUGGAUGGGAAAAUUCGGACGAAUUGGAGGCGUGGAAAGAUAGUAGAAGUAUUUCCGGGAACAGACGGGACCAUUAGACAAGUCAGCGUGAGGACAGCAGACGGGAAGCUACAUCGCCGGGGAGCGGUUAACAUUGCGGUAAUGGAGAUAGGUGAAGGUAAAUCCGGAACAAGAAGCAACGCCGGAUGUUACGGGCCGGGGUCUGUUACCACGACUGAACCUGCAAGCGGAGCAUCCCUCGGGCGAUGGUGA